GUCGGGCCGGCGCGCGGCUGGGAGAGCGGAGACCUGGAGUUGUUCGACUUGGUGGAGGAGGUGCAGCUCAACUUCUACCAGUUCCUCGGGGUGCAGCAGGAUGCUUCUUCUGCAGACAUCAGAAAAGCAUAUCGUAAGCUUUCACUAACUUUACAUCCAGACAAGAAUAAAGAUGAAAAUGCAGAAACCCAGUUCAGACAAUUGGUGGCGAUUUAUGAAGUUUUAAAGGAUGAUGAACGAAGACAGAGGUAUGAUGAUAUUCUGAUCAAUGGACUUCCAGAUUGGCGACAGCCUGUAUUCUACUACAGGCGGGUGAGAAAAAUGAGCAAUGCUGAGCUGGCAUUACUUUUGUUCAUUAUUCUCACAGUGGGUCAUUAUGCUGUGGUUUGGUCAAUCUACCUGGAAAAACAACUGGAUGAACUGCUCGGUAGAAAAAGGAGAGAAAAGAAAAAAAAGACAGGCAGCAAAAGUAUGGAUGUAUCAAAACUUGAUGCUUCAGAGAAGAAUGAAAGAUUGGUCAUGAAACCACAGUGGCAUGACUUGCUUCCAUGCAAGCUGGGAAUUUGGUUUUGCCUUACACUAAAAGCAUUGCCUCAUCUAAUCCAGGAUGCCGGGCAAUUUUACGCUAAAUACAGAGAAACAAGAUUGAAGGAAAAGGAAGAUGCACUGGCUAGAACUGAACUUGAAACACUUCAAAAACAGAAGAAAGUUAAAGUUAAAAAACCAAAACCCGAAUUUCCAGUAUACACACCUUUAGAGAAUACAUAUAUUCAAUCUUAUGAUCACGGAACUUCUAUAGAAGAAAUUGAGGAACAAAUGGAUGAUUGGCUGGAAAACAGAAACAGAACGCAGAAAAAACAGGCACCAGAAUGGACAGAAGAGGACCUCAGCCAGCUGACAAGAAGUAUGGUUAAGUUCCCAGGAGGAACCCCAGGUCGAUGGGAAAAGAUUGCCCACGAAUUGGGUCGAUCUGUGACAGAUGUGACAACCAAAGCCAAGCAACUGAAGGAUUCUGUUACCUGCUCCCCAGGCAUGGUUAGACUCUCGGAGCUCAGAGCAACAGGCCCCAGUUCCAGGCUCACCAGGCCAGCCCCGGCCCUGCCCGACGACAUCAUCACCCAGAGAGAAGCUGCGGAGGCGGAGGAGGAGGGGCCCGAGGAGGACUCCGGGGAACAGGAGCCAGCGGUCCCCGAGAGCCGGCCCCGGAGGCGCAAGGCAGCCCGGCUGCUGGAGGGGGUGGCAAAGGCCGAUCCGGAGGAGAAGGUCCGGGGCAAGAGGCAGAAGGACUUCGAUGUUUCCGAGCAAAACGAAUCCAGCGACGAGGAAGGCCAGAAAAAAGAACGAACUCGUGCUGCCGAGGAACCGUGGACUCAGAGUCAGCAGAAACUUCUGGAAUUAGCAUUACAGCAGUACCCGAAGGGAUCUUCUGACCGCUGGGACAAAAUAGCCAAAUGUGUCCCGACUAAGAGUAAGGAGGACUGUAUCGCUAGGUACAAGCUGCUGGUUGAACUGGUCCAAAAGAAAAAACAAGCUAAAAGCUGAAUAUUCUAGAAGAUGAUACUCACCUUCAUUUUCCAAAAUGAGUAUUUUAAAGAUCGGAUGCAGACAUUUGCAUUUUGUACCUCAGUAUUUCUAUACGUCAUGUGCCUUAAAUAAA